AGCGCAGUCGAACUACAACUCCCGUGAUGCUCCAGCUAUCCGUUUGCCGAAGAAGGCUCACGGGAAUCGUAGUUCGGCAAAUGACGUAUGAGAGUUUACAGUUUUUUUUUUUAAAGCCCUGUGAGUUUUCAGUCUCUACUAAUGUCGCACGUUAUUUGAUGGAAGAGGCACGCGGCAAGUUCGGGAUACAAAAAAAGGCUUCGGGGCUUCCGGUUUCGUUCACGGUGUUACUGCGCCACGGUCGCCACACACAAGAUGGCCGCCGGUGACCGGAUGGACAGGGCGGAAGUGACGUGUGUAUGACAGGACAUUUUACUUCCGGUUUAAUUGAGUGAAUGGCGCUUAAGCAAUGUUUUGAUUCAUUUGGACAAUGAGACAGGCAGAGCCUAAUGAUGGUGAAUCAAACGUGACAUGUUUUUCAGAUAAUCUGUCUGCAUUAUCUUGGGAUAUUACUGAAAAUGAAGCUACAACACUGUGGAGAGAAUGGCAGGAUGAUAAUAAACUGGACUUGAUAUUUGAAGUCAUACAGAACAAGAUACAGUACCUGUGGCAGAAAAUAAAAGAUGGGUCAGCGACAAGUCAAGAAUAUCUGAGAGCUGCGCUUCUUGCAAAAUUCACAGAUUUGGGGGACACAAAAGCCUUCCAUUAUGGUAUGAACACUGAAUGUCAAUCAAAUGACUGUCUUUCACCAACAAGCAUGGAGGACCAGUGUGCAGCUUUUAGCUCUGAAAGUGCAACAGGAGAUGCUAUUCCAGAGCCUGAAUGCAAUACCAGACCAUCAUCUGUUCCCAAAGAGACAAACCGUUUUAAGGCUCACCUCUGUGGACCGUCCUGCCUCCUUGACAUUAAUCCAAACUUCAGCAAAAACAAUAACCCGCUCAAGUUCCCACUCUUGUGUCGCUUUCAGAGGAGGCAUGCAAAAACAAAUUGCAUCUCGAGGCCACUGGAUGUCACCUACAAAGCUCCUUGUGGGAAAAGCCUCCGAAGCUUUAAGGAGGUGCGUUCUUACCUCUUUGAAACACAGUGUCACUUUUUAUUUUUGGACUGUUUUUCUUUUAACACUUAUCUCCAAUUGGACCGAAAUUCAUUUAACCGCAGCAAUUUUCUUGCUGAAGACUUUGACAUCAGCAAAGACGCAGAGUCCAUUCCAGUUUCCUUCUGCAAUGAAAUCGAUAGCACCAGACCAUCCAAUUUUAAAUACAGAAAAUCUUCCUGGCCACACGGAUACUCAAUCAAUAACUUCACAGACAUAUUUGUUGACUGUUGUAACUGUACAGAUGGCUGUGUUGACAUAUCAAAGUGUGCAUGUUUACAGCUGACUGCCAAAGCAUACCAUGAAAACGCGGAGAUGGCAAAAGAUGCCAAGACACUUGGAUACAAAUACAAAAGGCUUCGUUCACCUCUCCCCACUGGAUUGUAUGAAUGUAAUUUAACUUGCAAGUGUGACCCGAAGAUGUGUCAGAAUAGAGUUGUCCAGCAUGGCAUCCAAGUAAGACUUCAGGUUUUCAAGACAAAAAGUAAAGGCUGGGGUGUCCGCUGCUUGGAUGACGUAGACAGUGGGACGUUUGUGUGCACCUAUGCAGGUAGAAUAUUUGUCCGGUCAUUUGACACAGAAUCCAACAAAAUGGCAAUAGGUAGCACAUUCGAUAAUGAUGAAGGAAACCAAGCAACUGGUGCCUCUUCAAUACCUGUAAAUCGGAAAAGACAUGUUUCUCAUUCUGACUCUGAGAUCAUUCUAAUGCAUUCAACUCCAUGCACAAAUCCAAAAUCUUUUAGUUCUAGUCAGACCGAAAUUAAACGAGUUAAAAAGGAUGCAUCUAAGGAAAGACUUUCAGACUCCGUGCCUAUUAAAAGACCUAAAACCAGGACAGCUGUUCUACAAAAACUCAGACGGCAACUCAUUGAAGAGGGAUCCUGCAUUCUGCAGAACAGUUCAGAUGAUGAAGAUUUGGUUUCCCCAUCUGCUGGGAAGGUGAUCCACACAGACGAAUGCGAGGCUGAUAAUGUGGUACGCGUAGCAGAGACUACAACCAACACGUCAGAAAAGGCUGUAGGGUAUAUCUCAGAUGAUAGCAAUACAUCAAUGCUAUCUGAUAUAUGUCCAUUGGAAACCUCUUCAUGUGAGCCAAAAGAUGAAUCAAGCAAGGCUACUGUUUGUUUGUUGGCUUCUGAAGCUCCAUUCUCUGAAGAAAAUGAGUAUUACUUAGACGCAUCAAAAGAAGGGAAUGUAGGGCGGUUUUUGAAUCAUAGCUGUUCUCCGAAUCUGUUCAUACAACAUGUAUAUGUAGAAACACACCACAAACAAUUCCCGUGGGUGGCCUUCUUCACAAACAGGCAUGUACGAGCUGGAGAUGAAUUAACUUGGGAAUGCAACUAUGAAAUCGGGACUUUCCCUGAUCAGGAAAUUCCAUGUAUGUGUGAGCACAAAACAUGUAGAAAUAUCACUAUUUGAUGGUAUCAUGACAUAUCUACUACCUUUUCAAAAAAAUUCACAAACCUUUCUCCACUUUUAUUUAUUUAAAAAAAAAAUAAAUUGAAAAUACAAAGAAUUUUCAUUUUAUUUUAAAGAAUUCCAAUCAUGUAUUAUGCU